UCGGCGCCGUUUGAGCCGCCCGCCCGCGGUGCGCGCGAGGAGCAGUUUGUGAGGCGCUGUCCGCAGGAUGUGCAGCAGCAGUGAGCUCGUCAUCCACUUCCUGCGCUACAGACUGCAGCAGCGGGGCCACAGUUGGAGCCGGCUGUGUGAACAGGAUGGCGCGGCCGAACGGGGACUCAACUCUGAUGUCGCCGCUGAUUUCAAUGACAGGCACGAGGCCGAACGCACCUGCCAGGCCCUGCGAGAGGCCGCCGAGGAAUUCGAGCUGCGCUACCGCCGGGCCUUCAGCGAUCUGUCCGCUCAGCUGCGCGUCACCCCGGACACUGCUUACCGGCGUUUCGAGCAGGUUGUGGGCGAGCUGUUCCGCGACGGCGUCAACUGGGGCCGGUUGGUCGCAUUCUUCUGCUUCGGGGCGGCGCUGAGUGUGGAGAGCGCCGAGAAGGAGAUGGGUACACUGGUGCCACGGAUCGCCCAUUGGAUGAGCACCUACCUGGAAAGUAAUCUGGAGCCGUGGAUCCAACAACACGGCGGCUGGAAUGCCUUUGUGGUGCUAUAUGGGAAUAAUGCUGCUGCACGUAACCGUGAGUUACAGGAGAAGGCCAUGAAAUGGUUUGUGGCACUAAUGGCUUUGGGUGCAACACUAGCCGUUGCUGCGUAUGUGGCCCGGAGAAGGUAACGGCUACGAAACUACACUAAGGAGCAAGCCUUGGCUAACAACCACUACGUAAGAAGACACAUUGGACUGGCAUGACUCUGAAAGCCACCGCAGUGGAUUGCAGUUAAUUCCAUAAUGGGACCAAUUCCCAUCUACUUGUAUAUUUUGCAUAGUGUAUGUGUAUUCAGUUUACAAAUACGAACCAUUCGGGCUGGUGCUGUGACAAAAUGAAGAUUAUCUGCAUGAAAAUCAACUACAGUGAGUGAAGCUAAGAUCUGACUGAGGAACUCUGCCUCUACAGCUAAUGUGACUGUGCUGGAUUGCCAAAGGUGCAUGACCCGAGUUUUGAAGCUAACGUGACAGUGUCGAGGUGCCUGUCAUAUAUGACUGAGCGGAAUGGUAGGGAGACUGCACAGGAAGAAAACUAUGUCCCUGGGAUUCGGGAGAUAUAUUUGCAGCACAGGAGAAAGCUGCUGCUCGGUCCCAGGACAUCUGAAACCUAGAAACCAAAGGAAGUAGCGAGAAACUCCCUCUAGAAGGAGCUGCCAGAAAAACAUAAGAGAAGGGUGCAACUUUUUGACGUUUUAUUUACAGAUCCAAUAUUCUUUGUAAUUGGCUGGGAUGGGACAGGCACUCAAGGACAAUACCAAGCCAGUCUCAAUGGACUAUGUUCUCGAGGCUUGCUGGGUAACCAUGAUCAAAGGACAAUGUAGAAGAGUUUGAGUCAACUUUCAUGGUGCAGUUUCAAGGUUCAACUGCUUCUCAGCAGGAAUUUGAAAGGUAUUGUGGCCAUUUUCUCAAGAUGCUGUUAAAUAAUCAUUUGUGAAAGAUUGUGAAGUGCAGGUCCCCUCAUUUCCUUAAUGUACAACAUUUAUUUUGAAACUUUGCAUCAUGUGAAGGUUGAAAGUGUGACAGUUGGUCACUAUUCAUUGUAAUCAUUCCGUGUUAGUUUGCUGCUUACACCACAUUAAGAGCGAGACUUUUACACAGGAUAUCUUAAAAUUUAAAUUAAAAUACUUUGUUUUUAAAUUAAACGGUGAAAUUCA